AUGUUCUCCUCGCAUCACAGCGAUGACCUCCCGCGGAAGAUCAAUAUCCUAACUCUCAACUGCUGGGGCCUCAAAUUCAUCUCCAAGUAUCGCCGGGAACGUCUUCUAGAGAUUGGAAAACGGCUAGCCAGCCUCGAACCCCCGCCUGAGAUCGUCGGGCUGCAGGAAUGCUGGACACAACAGGACUACAAUAACAUCCGCAAGGAGACAAGACACAUUCUUCCAUACGGAAAGUUCUAUUUCAGCGGAAUAUUUGGGGGAGGGCUUGCAAUUCUCUCAAAAUGGCCCAUCGAAGAGAGUAGCAUGUUUGGCUACCCCCUGAACGGCCGACCAACCGCUUUCUUCCGCGGCGACUGGUUCGUCGGCAAGGGGGUUGCCUGUGCAAGAAUACGGAUCGGACCUGGGCCAAGUGAUAUUGCAGCUGUAUUCUGCACGCAUUUGCACGCGCCGUACGAAAGGGAGCCGCACGAUUCAUACAUCUGUCAUCGAACAGCGCAGGCAUGGGAGAUGGCAAAGCUGAUGCGUGGAGCCGCAGAGAAAGGUCAUCUCGUUAUUGGGCUAGGGGACUUUAAUAUGCUUCCUCUCUCACUGGCUCAUCGGCUAAUCACUACGCAUGCACCUGUGCAAGAUGUUUGGCGAUACCUGCACCCCGAUUCUUCCCUGGGUGCGGCGAUCGACGCAGUCGAAAUGGCGCGAAAGAGGCCAGUCCCUUCAGCAGAGUAUAACCUGAGUGAGAAUGGUGUUACAUGUGAUGGCCUCUUUAAUACGUGGCGCUGGAACAAAGGACAACAGAAACGGCUAGAGAAAGAAGGACACAUCGAAGUGGAUGGGAGACUACCCGACCCUCUAGGGAAACGCCUCGACUACAUAUUCGUCGGAAACGGUGGACCGACUUUGCAGCCUUCUUCCUCGAGUCCAACUCAGUCAUCAGUACAACAACGUUCCGAUUGGAAAUGGACCAUUGAAUCUGCCCGCGUCAGUAUGACGGAACGCCAUCCGACUCUCCACUGCUCCCUCAGUGAUCAUUUUGCCGUUGAAGCCGUAAUCUCACGCAACGUAUCAAGUGGUGAAACAUCUUGGCAAGAAGAAAACGCGUCAUUUCUUCCCAUCCAGAAGCAAGAAUCUCCCCAUUCUCAUGCACCUUCGAACACAGUAACGACGGUCACUAUCGCCACAACGCUCCCCAAGCCUCCUACCCCAUCCACAUGCACCUCCGAUAUGUACGACGAGAUAAUAAAAAUGAUACACAUCUACAACCUUCGAGAGCGAUUUCAGCGACGUGCACGCCUCGGCCAUUUUCUCGCCUCUCUUGGUGUGUCCAUGUGUUGCCUAAUCGGGGUUUGGUGGUCUCCGCGUGCGUUCGUGUCGUUUAUACUAUGUCUCAUGAGCACACUGAGUUUUGCAGCUGGUGUCAUUGACGGCUUGAUUGGAGGAUUGUUCGUGAGUAGUGAGCUGAGGGCGUUGAGGGAGUUUGAGUGGGAGAUUAGAAACGCGAAAAGACUGGCAUUGGGGAUGGGGUUGGAUAUAGAGGAGGAUUUGGGGCAGCUGGGGAAGCCAUCUCGUGUUUAA